AUGGACGCGGCCAACGUGCUCUCAUGGCUGAAUGACACCAACCUUCAAGAUGGCAAGCUGGACGAGAUCUUGGACAAGCCGAUGGACGAGACGAUGGACAAACGUCUGCACAAGAUCAUCAAUAUAUCGAAGGGACAUGGAAUAGUUCCAGCAUCAGUCAAGCCCAAGAUAUCUGAAGUUGGAUCCCUAUCCUCGGAGGACCUUUCCGAGUAUACGAAGCUCCGCAAGAUCGUGAGGAAUUCAAAGACCUUCUUGGUGGAAAACGAUUUCGAUCGUCAGAACUGGAGCACAGAGGUGUCCUCAGAUGUUGUGCAUCAGGUGGUCCAACGUUCGUUGCAAGCACGUUUCGUCCCCUGCGAUGGACUCACUAUUCUUGGGAUCGAUAAGACUACCCUUGCAGACGGCAUGGUCGAUUUCGUCAUCGCGCAAAGGAAAAAGCCUGGCUUCGUGGAAAAGAAAUUCAUUUCAAGACUCCAUCGGGCUCUGUGGGACAUCGAUAAGCACAUCCCCAUAUCCGUCAACUACACCAACCACGGAUUGCUCAUGUUCUCACCAAUCUGCGUGAGAGUCACGACCGUGAACCCGAGCACUAGCGGCUUAUCCAGCGCUACGGCAAAGUUGAUCUUAUAG